UGCUGUCAAUUGUCAAUCAUCUAUCAAUUUUAUAGUUUUAUAAUGAAUCAGAUUUUAUUGUGAAAUAUUGAUAUUAUAGGCAAUUACUGAAAUACGAUAAUGUAUCUUAGACUAAUUUAGAUAAGAGUACAGUUGCGAGAAAUCUUGGUUUUAUUUCAGUUCGCAUUCAGCCUUUAACCGAGCUAGUGAGUCUAUUAUAUAAGAUAAUUUAUAUAUUUAAAACGAUGUUUCUCCUUUAAAUUUGAUGGCCAUGGGAGCCUAGAAGACGUAAUAUUAGAUAAUUGACUAGUCAGUAGGAAUGUUGGAGAAAAUGGUGUACAACAUCGACUGGAUAAUUCCGAAAUUGCGGAAUCCCACAAAAUUAUGGAACAUUGCCAGUACUUUAACUGUAGCAGCAGUAGGACUAUUCAGUAAAAUUUUAAUCCGUAAUAAUUGGCUUAACCGAAGCAGGAUACACAACAGUGACGUUAUAACUGAUCUUUUAGACAAUAGGCCAAAGCAUGUACCUUUGAUUACGUAUUCAAAUCACCACUCUUGCUUCGAUGAUCCUGGGCUGUGGGGCACCCUGAAACUUCGGCACCUUUUGAAUAAACAUGUGAUGAGAUGGUCUCUAGCAGCUCAUGACAUAUGCUACACCUGUGCGCAGCAUGCCACGUUCUUCAGUCUGGGGAAAUGCAUUCCUGUCAUUAGAGGAAAAGGAGUGUUUCAAGAUGCCAUCGAUUUUUGUAUAGAACAGCUAGCGAAAGGGGGAUGGGUCCAUAUUUUUCCUGAAGGUAAAGUGAACAUGACGAAAGAAAACAUGAGACUGAAAUGGGGCGUCGGCCGGAUGAUCUACGAGUCGCCCGUCACGCCGAUCGUCGUCCCGAUCUGGCACGUCGGCAUGGACGACGUCCUCCCCAACGAGCCCCCCUACGUGCUCAAGAUCGGCAACGAGUUGACCUUCAACUACGGCCGACCGCUCGACCUCACCGAGUUGGUCAGUGACUUGAAGAGGAGGCGAGCGACGAACGAGCAGGCUCGCAAGGAAAUCACCGACUUUCUGCAGGAGACGCUGCUCAAACUCAAGGCGGAGACGGAGGAGUUGCACCGGAAGAACUUCAAGGCGCGGUCGUGAUGAUGGCCGAAGCUCUCCUGACGCGUGGUGAUGUUGUGGAUACUCUUUGGACUCAAUUUGGGAACACCACCAUCCAUUAGAAACCUCUGAUGACCUUCAGGCAAAAAUAAUAAUGUCAUAUCCCAAACAGUUACCAUCCAAUCCCAAAGGCUUUAAUGUCAUUCUCUUUUUUCACUCAGCUGAAGCUAAAAAGCCUACAAAAAUAUAUUAAGCGCGUAUUAUUUAUAAGACUAUUCAACAUUAGAUUUUAUAUCGAAGCACCCAAGCUGUGAAAUAUCUAAAAAAUCAUUGCGGAGAGUGUGACAACCCUUUGAACGGUGGUGUCCUGCAAUAAUUUUGACGUUACAGUUACUGCUUUUGCUGUAUCGCUCGUUUCAUUCCAAAAGGUAUUUGUAAUUUUUUAUGUAGUAGAAAAAGGAAUCACUUUUCUUAUACAAUCAGUGUAAAUGGAGUGUGACACAUCAAUGUUCCGCUGUAUUUUAGCCUAAUUUUUAAGUUAUUUUAGUGGUAAUUUUGUGAAUGUUUUAUUUGUUGAAUUUAUUAUGGUUUUACUCCUGCUAUAUAUGUGAAAAAAGUUGUUGAAAGUGUCGACCGGUAUGUUGCUUUUUGACUUCUCUCUAAUAAAGGCAAUUUGUUAUCGAAUA